AUGAUCUUACAACGCUCCAUCCGCGCAUUUCCAGCAUUCAGUUUACAUUCGCAGUCGCGAUCAAAAUAUAAAAAGGCAUCAAAUAGACAUCAUGCUUCUAUAUACAGAAGCAUACACUCUUGGCCGUGUGUUGCAAACCCCACACCAUAUCAAGUCCUUGGUCUUAGUAGAGACGCGCCGUAUAACAAGAAGGCAUUCAACUCUCUUGUCAAGCUAUACCACCCGGACUUGCAUCAGAAUCAACAAGAAUCUGAACGGGACCCAUCCUCUACCCAAAUACGUCUGCAGAGAUACUAUCUAGUCGUGGCGGCUCACGAGCUGCUCAGCUGUCCAGCAAAACGCCUGCAAUACGACCGACACAAUAUCGGCUGGAAAUACCCUGCGAUGCAGUCAAACAGCAGCUCAGGCAGAAGAACAGGCCGCUAUCAACAAGCUUCUCAUGAACCACCACACGAUGCCUACUCACCACGAGGGCCUCAGAAGCCUAUUUACAUGUCUAACGGAUUCUUUGCCAUCUUGGUCUUGUCAGUGGUCAUGGCCAACGGCGUAAUACAACACGAGCGAGCAAAGAGGUCUGCUUCCAAGCAUAAGAGCCAGGUGUAUUGGAUCCAUGAAAAUAUUGUCAACUCUCUAGCUCAGUCACUUCAGCUUAACGCAAGCAAGUCAAGAGAUCGGCGGAUUCUGGAGUUUCUAUGCCGUCAGUACAUAGCAACGAAGAAGUCCGAUAAUCGUAUUCUUGGCCUUAUGGACGAAGAAGACUGGGAAAACAACAUUUGCAGACACUAG